AUGAUCGCUCCCAUCGCCUGGGCCUUUGUCGCCCUGGGCGCAUUAACGCCCCUCGUCACAGCGAAUCCAGAAGAUGGUCUUCCCUCAUAUCACUACGGCGCUCCCAUUCCCGUAGAAUGCAUGAACCGCAACUCAGAAACUGGCGAGCAUGUCGAAAACGAAAAGCACGAAAUCGAAUGGAAACCUUUCCCCAUUUGCAACGAAACCGGCCGCUCUCUUGAAUUUAAUUACGGCAAAGAAGGCGAAGUGAACUGCACGAUAGCCAUGAUCGACGACCCUUUCUUCCACCUCCUCGAGUUCUACAUCCACUCCGAUGCGCCUCUAUCAUGUCGUAUCCCUGCGCGUCCAGCGGUCGAAGUCGAAGUCGUUGGCGAGAAGGUCCCCGAGCGCGAAUACGUCCCUGUUGUUUUCGCGCUCGCGGGCACAUUACAGCUUAGCCAUAUACAUAUCAGCACGCAUAUGAACGUGUUGCUACAUAGCACGCCGAAGCAUCAUACUCAUGUUCACGACAGUGGUGUUUUGGAUUCAGCGAUUGCGUAUAGUACCAGUCCGCUGCAUCAUUUACAGGGCUCGCAUACAAGAAAAUUGGUCAUUGGCGAUCCAUUACCGCUGAGCCUCUCUGUGCGAUGGUUCCCUACACCGGCGCUGCCCAAGACAGAAGGAAAGGUUGAAUGGCAGGGCUUAGGUGGUCAUAUUUACGCGAGCACUGUGUUCUACAGUCUCGUGUCCUUUGGCGCUGGUGUGUUGUGUGCUACUAUGUACACUCUUGGUGUGAUUCUGCCCAGGAGACUCAAGGGACGAGCUCUUGGGGGUGCGACGCCUUUGGGAUAUGGAGUGAGCACUAUGGGCAAUGGAUGGGGAUACUCGAAGCAGAAUAAGAGAAUGGACUGA